AUACGGUAUACCCGCCCUUAUAUUUCUCAUCCGCUAAAUUUGGCGGCACUAAGACAGUAACUCGCCAUCUCCACCUCUCCAUUCCAUCUUUAGAUUCGAUCACCAUUUUCGCCCUAGAUUUCGGACCUCAAAACCCUUCUUCGAAAAAACGAUGCAAGAUUCGGAUCCUACAUUCUCUCUGUCCAGUCUUAUCUGCGAAGAAGACGAUUCCUGUUUGAAUGGCGGAAGCAUUGACAGAGAAUCGGACUUUGACUGCCCUUGUCCUGUCUCCGAUUCUGAUGUCGAGUUCAUAGAAAUGAUGAUCGAGAGAGAUAUCGGCUCUCUGUCUGGAGGAGAAUCGGUCGACAAUUCUUCAUCCGCGAGUAGACAAAGCUGGUUGAAACUCGCUCGAUUGGAAGCGGCCAAUUGGAUUCUCACUAAUCGAGCGAUUUUCGGGUUUAAAUCCAGUACUGCCUAUCUAUCUAUGCUGUAUUUCGAUCAUUUCAUGGAUAGGACAUCCGUUGCUAUGGGGAAGACGUGGGCUAUCCGAUUGCUAUCAGUUGCUUGUUUAGCUUUGGCUGCAAAGGUUGAGGAGAAUAAAGCCCCGGCAUUGUCUCAAUAUCAUGUAGAUGACUACCAUUUUGCAGGCAGUGUGAUUCAAAGAAUGGAGUUGUUGGUCUUGAAUACAUUGGAGUGGAAAAUGAAUUUGAUGACACCAUUUUCGUUCGUCCACUAUUUUGUCACCAAGUUUUGUGGCGAAUUGAGACCAACAGAGAUAGUUCCCAAAGCCGUUGAGCUAAUUGUGGAUAUAAUGAGAGAGGUUAAUUUAGUGGAACGCCGGGCAUCAUUUAUUGCUGCAGCGUCUGUUUUAGCAGCUUAUGAUCAUAAGCUAACUAGGAAAGCAGUGGAGUUUAAGACAAACAUGAUCACAUCUUGGGGAUGCUUGGAAAAAGAACAUGUCUUCGACUGUUAUAAUAUGAUUCAAGAAAUGGAUAGGGUUAAGUCCAACACUCCAAAGUCUUCAGUUUUACCAAAUCCAUCUUUACAUGGUUUGAGCCCAAGUGUUCCUGAUAAACCUUCUACUUCCAUUGCCAUUCGCUCCAAGAGAAGGCUCAUAUUCGAUGACAAUGGCCAAGAUUGGCAUUCUAAGAAGAUUAAUCAAGGUAGUGGAGUUUGAUUUAUUUGAUUUUUUUUAAUCUUUGCGGAAUCAGGCAUCAGAAAUGAGGUAAUCUCAGUUGUGACAAUCAAAGAAGGUAUGAAUAAAAGUGACAUCUUUAAGGAAAGGGAUUGCUUUAUGAAGUCCAAAGGAAGUGUUGAGGAGAAAGUAAGAUUAUAUAGAACACAAAGCUAUAAUAAUAUGAAACAGCUGAAUGCUGUCUUCAGACUAGCUCUUGGUUGAGUUCCUAUUCGUCAAAGCUGCUAGCUAGCUCAUACUUUUCACUUGCUGCUUCUUUACUACAUAGUCUUUCAUAUGCAUUUUUGUUUUGUUCUAAUGAGGAACCUAUAAUGAACAUAUUGCCUGCUG